CAGCGAAUAUGUGACUCACGCGAAAGACAUGAACUGAAAGGAAUUAACAUAUUAUUGUAUUUUCAGAGAAACUAUUAUAGUUUCUUGAAUGAAAAUGUCAUGUUUCCCCUCUCCCUUCCCUCUCUCAAUGCAAAAAAGGCAUUGAAUAUAAGAUUCUUAUGCAAAGACCUUGAAAGGCAGAAACAAAAGUCUUGCUGAAGACGCUGGAAAUGCAUCUCUGAAACUAAUAUAAUCGGAUUACAUAACGCGCGUCUUUGCGUGCUGAUUUCAUCCCGUUAAACUCGGCUAUAUGGACGUAACGUAAACGGCAAGGACAAUGUAAUCGCCAUACGCUCGAGGGAUGCCAUAAGAAUGCUUUAUUCGAUAUUAGCGUUGGCGCUAACGAAAUUAUAGGCAAUCGCGUAAGGUUGCCCGAGACGACGAGCACACAAGUACAGAACGUCACUUUCCGCGCUGCAAGUAUGUGUCAUUUGAAAUAUGGUAAGGAAAUAUGGUAACAGUUUGUGUUCUCGAAACUUUAGUGAUGGAAAAUAAUAGAUUGUAUUUGUAUAUUUGACGUUCUUCUUCCGCACGGAUUCAGUGACUCUUACGACGUUCUGGUGGAUUCUCGUGAUGGCCGGAAAUGCCUUCCGAAACGAGGAUAUUUGCGGAGCCAACAACGGCAGACGCCUAUACCUGGAGCUGGGCGAGAAGGGGAUUUUGUACGCGAGGAACGUCAGAAACUCCCCGAGACAGCUGAUACCGCGUGUUUACGCGAGUACCAUCAACAGCUCUCACUAUCAGUGCAGCCUCGAGUUGGUGACUUGUCCAUCUUGCGUGAUAAUUGUUAUUUUCAAGAGUAUCGCGUUGCCACAUCAUUGUGGCGACGGAGGUGUGAUGAUGGACAGCCCAUGCAGAUGUGACUACGUUUGGCUGUCGGAACCGCCUUACGAGGACGUUUCCGGCUCACCGUUUUGCGGAUCCUACGCACCGAUCACGUACAGAUCGAGCACGAGAACCUUAUCCAUAAAUCUACUCUACAGCCAGUCGCACAAGCACGCGUUUACCAUCGAAUACGCAGCAGAAAGAAAUAGACUGCAGUUGAAAGGCACGGAAAUGACGUCAGGAACGCCGACAAAGGGCUUGAACGGUACCGGAGGUGGUAUCUUGACUUCGCCGUUUUUCCCAGCUCGAUAUCCUCGUGACUUGGGCCUAGAGUACGUGAUAACGUGUCCCAGCGAAGCUCCCUCCUGUCGCAUCAGAUUACUCUUUAGUGAUUUUCAGUUAGCAACAGUCUCGAUAAUGGAGUUUUACGAUUGGAAUGGACAACGUUUCGACGUGAGUAGCGGCGCGCGAUUUCGGCCACCGGUCAUAGUGAGUUCCGGAGCAUCGUUGUUGAUAAGAUUCUACGCCAACGGUGGUACCGGUCUCGGUUACAAGGCCUUUUAUUCCUUCGUGAUCGGUCAUACAUACGACAAGUCCGUACAACCGAUCACCGACUGCGGGGGAUACGUGGAGAACCUGGGCGGUGCCAUCACGAUGAUGAACAUGGUUGGCCAAGGAGUGAAGACUUAUGAUUGCGUCUGGUUGAUCAGACCACCGAAAAACUUUCUGCACAUGAAGACGCACAUGUACUUGAAGGUAGUGGGUUUCACCGACAUGGCUGGCAAUACGGAGCUAAUCAUCAAGCAAGGUCCGACCUCGGCUUUGAUGUCCUUGGAAAUUAUUCGACAUCCAGCGAGGCAGUUACAGCCGCUCAGACACAGGGAACACGUCGCACCGGUCACCAGCGGAUUUCACGUUAGUCUUCGCGGUACAUUCGGUCGAAAUUCACACUUAGCGAUCGCUUACGCGGCUUUUAGUUAUACGGAUUGUUUCACGGGCACCGACUUUCUAUGUCAGAAUCACAGGUGCAUCCCAAGUCAGCUGAAUUGCGACGGUUUCGAUCAUUGCGGUGAUAACAGUGAUGAGCCAGCGACGUGUUUUCAAGAUUGGGAAGCGAAACCGCGCGAUCGCAAAUGGCGCAUGAACAAAGCGAAUUACUACUUCCCGAAGAUCGAUCGAUAUCCUGAUUUGAAAACGGCCACCCUGGUGUUUGUUGCCAGCAGCCUUGGUUUGAUCAUACUGAUAUCGGCCCUAAUAAUACUGUUGUACAGAAUAGGAGCUAGGGCGAGACAACAAAGGGAACUGCAAUCUCGUCUGGAGACGAUCAGCGAGCUUCUAGACGGUGCAAGGAUCGAUGAGAUAUCCGGAAAUAUGCCGGACGAUCCACCCGGCUAUGAAGCUCCACCGGGCUAUGAAGAAGUAGCGAAACUCGCCUUGCCGAAGAAAGCUCGAUGCUUGAAUCGUGAAUUCUGCAACGGAAACUCCCCGAGCCACUACAUCUUCAAGUUGUACGUUUUUGCACUUUGGCAAAGGUACGAUGAAGACGUGAAUUCAUCCAGUUAUCUGGUAGUUGAAAGCGGGAGCAGCCAAGCGAUUUCACUAGUGUCAGAGAACGGCCGAUAUACGCAACGUAUACGUAUACCCGAGAGCCCCCCGCCUCCGUACAUCACAUCUCCGGCAAGUGUAUUAAGAAACGUGAAUCUAGCUGGUUUAUCCGCAUCAACCAGACAGUUUUGGCUUCGGCGCAGCGCGCAGUGUCCUCGAUCCACGUCCACUAAUUGUCCAUCUGCCGAUGGACAUUCAUCCUUGCCGACGGAUGUCAAUAGAUAUUUAACAUGCGCAUCUAAUAUCAACUCGGACACAAACUCUCGAUUCGAGAGUCCUAAAGAUAUAGAAAUUGUUCGAGAGAUAGCCCAAGAUGACAUUACUCAAGAAGAUGGUCGACACGUUUCAGAGGAGAGUUUGAGACGAUCUCAACGCGAGGCCACCGACAGAUCGGGCGGAAGGGACAGCGACUGUUCAUGCGAGGGUGCUUGCAGCUGCGCCAUUAGCAACUUCAUUUUGCCAAUGGGGAAUUUUUCGACAAUCGCGACAGAAGAGCGGACAUUAAACCAUUCGGAGCCAAUUGUGACCGCGUCCUCUUCCGCGAGGAAAACUGACGAGUAUCAAGAUCUCUCCACCUCCAACCGCGCCAUUGUCAGACUUUUAGGCUGUAAAUUGCUGAAACCAUCGUCGCACUGUAGCUUCAGCUUGAGUUCGACAGUAGCGUCGUCGCCCUGUGACACUCUACGUCGUUCAUCCAGAAAAUUCUCCCGCGAUAGCUGCGUCAACAAAAUCUCCACAGUCAGCACAUGCGACAGCUACGAGAAACUGCGAGACAACUUUGAGAUCGUGUCGGAAACGACUGGCAACCACGAGUGUACUACGACGCCGAUUGAUAGACGGAGAAGCGUCAUCAACGAGGAAACACGACGUAGUAAUCGGCGACACUCCAGCUGCGAUGUAGACAGUCUCUACGAGGGCAUCAAGAUCCUUGAUGCAUUCUUGGCGCGCAGGAACCUUGACGUUGACCAUGGAUGCCGUCAGUCGAUCGCCGAGAUACUGUUUGGCACUCCAAGACACAAUUUUACGCGCGGCCGAGCUGCGAGAAGAAAGCGUACGCACGCAGGCAUGUGCGCGUAUUCCAGUGAGGAUACCUUGUCGAAUUAGUUUGUCUUUAUUAGAUAUUUUACUUGACACGUACAACACGUGUGGAAUAAAUUUAUAGUAAAGGAUAUAAUAAAGCAAUCCACAACGUCGUAAGUUACGUCAAAGCGGAUGUCACUUUAGUUUUAAAAGUUACGGAACGAAAGAAAUAAUACACGACGUACGAUGUUAGUAAUAUAAUGAUUUAUCAUAAAAACAUGUUGUUAUUAAAGACACAUAAAUCAAAUCAUUGUAGGCUGAUAUUCCAGUCGACAAUUCCAUUUAUAUUUUCAUCUGUAAAAUCGUCAAACGACUCGUAAUAAACGAGCUUGUCUUUAA